AUGCUACCAUAUGCUACUGUUGGCCUCGAUCAAGUGAGCAUGAAGACUCCGGUGGACUGCGGGCGACCGGUCACCGAGGUGCAUGCCGAAGACACCCAGGUCUUGCAGCAGCUGCUGAACAAGGAGGAUACCCUUGCUGCCACCGACAACGUCCUCAUGGCCUUCGUCUUUGGAAUCCAAAAGGGUCGCUUUCCUCUCACCAUCUCCAUGCGUGCUUGUACCAAGGAGUUUCUGGUCUUUGACGAUCCCCUCUGUGUCUCCGUGUGCCACCUGAAUGUCAUUCCAACGAAGGUCUACAUUCCAGAUUUGCGCUACCUUUUUAAAGACCCUCUUCGUGGACGAAAGAUCGUACAUGCCAUGUUGGAACAGGUGGACACGGUCUGUCUGGAACAGCAUUGGUCCGAUGAGAAGUUUCGGGCUGCCUACCUGCAGGCUGCCCCCGGCCGCGAGGCCUUGCGAUCGAUGGGCACGGCUGGAAUGAACUUCCCACCAUCGCAGCAGCAGCUCCAUUUGCAAUACGUGCACGGACCGAUGCUUCCCUUUCAGUACGCUGUCUUCAAGGAUGGAUUACACCUGCAGUACAAGCGCUUCUUCCCGGUGCAGUUCUUGCUGGAUAGUCUGGCAGCAGGGGACAAGGAUGUGCAUGAGAAUACCGACAUUGAGGAGAUCAUUCAGAUGGCGGCAGUUGUUGGUGUGGAUUAUGACUCUUACUGGAGUCAGAUGUGUGCGCAGGUCAACACUAUUCAAGAGUCUUGCAGCCCCUGGCGUGAGGCGGAUUUCAUGUAUCGCAUCGUGGGGAAAAACGUUUACGAUGCCCAGACGGGGCAAGAGCUGCCGGAGCUCAACGUCAAGGCGAUCCAAGCUGCAGAUGUGAAGCGCCUCCAAAGCUACGGCUGUGGCGCUACAGAGCCUGGGAGGUGCUGCUACUAUCCCUUCGCGAAGAGGGCAGCAGAGAUUGAAUCAUGGAAGUGA